AUGAUCCUCCUUCCGAGACCCCUUCUCAAGACUUCCUCCCCCGCCGCCAAGACCCAAGACCCUCUCCGUCAAGACCGUCCCGCAGGACCACCCCAGCCAGCCACCAUGCCUUCCCAGCCCUCCAAAAACCAGCAGCAGCAGGAAUCAACCUCGUCCUCCAAUAACAAGAACGCCGCCCACGGAGCCAAAGCCCAAUCCCAAACGACCAAAUCCAACCAGAACCAGCAACAGAACCUACAACAACAGAGUUCAAUCGCCCAAGACCGCGCCAAAGCCAACAAGCAACACCAUGGUUCGCACAAGAAGUCCUCGGGUUCUCAUCCCUUGAAGAUUGAUCUAUCCCAGCAGUCGUCGCAUCAUUAG